CUCUCUCUUUGCUAUGGAGGAGAGAUCUGCUGAGGAGUUUCUCUUCAAAGACCAGGACUUCUCCUCCGAACUGCUGAGGCAGCUGAAUGCGCUGCGGCAGAGCAGGAUGCUGACUGAUGUUACCCUCUGCUCUGGGGGCUUUGAAGUCCCCUGCCACAGAAACGUUCUGGCUGCCAGCAGCCCAUACUUCAAGGCGAUGUUCUGUAACAACUUCAAAGAGAGUCACCAAGCUAAAGUCACCCUGAAGGGUAUUGAUGCUGAAAUUUUGGACCAGAUUAUCCUUUACAUUUACACAGGGGAGAUUCUCAUAUCUGCUGAGAAUGUCUUGUACCUCUUGGAGACAGCAUCCAUGCUGCAGUACGCUAAGCUGUUUGAGGCCUGCUCUGCCUACCUCCAAGAUAAGCUGACUCCUGACAACUGUCUAAGCAUGAUCAGACUGGCAAAAAUCUUGAACUGCCAAAGCCUGAAUAAGAAGGCCAAGACUAUGGCUUUGAAAUGUUUUCCUGAAGUGGCCUCUUCUGAGGACCUCAAGGAUCUCUGUCCUUUGGAGCUCCUCGAUUACCUUGGGGAUGAUGAGCUCUGUGGGGAGGAGGAGCAGGUCUUCGAGACACUCAUGGUCUGGAUCCGGCAUGACCUGCAGGCAAGACAGCGCUACAUCCAAGACUUGUUCAAGAAGGUCCGGCUUCAGUACGUCCAUCCAACUUUCCUCUUCCAUUUCAUUGCCAAUGACUCCCUUGUUCAGUCUUCACCCACUUGCAGGAGCAUUCUCGAGUCAGCUCGAAGACAGAUGUUCUCCUUGUACAGCACCAAUGCACCUGACAUCAAGCCAAUGGUACACGUUCCUCGCAGAUACUCCAACCAAGAGUUCCUCAUCAUCAUCGGUGGCAGGAAGGACAACCAGCAGACCACAAGGGAUGUCCUGCUCUAUGAUGACAAGACUAAUCAAUGGCUAAGCCUGGCCAAACUUCCUGUGCGCCUGUACAAAGCAUCUGCAGUGAGCUUACACAGUAAUAUUUAUGUGCUUGGAGGGAUGCCUGUUAGCAACAAGAAAAGUCCAGUCAGCGAUAAUAUUUACAUUUACUCCCUCAAACUCAAUCAGUGGAGGUUGGUUGAGCCUAUGCUAGUUCCACGUUAUUCCCACAGAAGCUUGGCAUAUAAAAAUUAUAUUUUAUCAUUCGGUGGAAUUGGUGAAAACCAAGAAAUCCUGAAUUCUGUGGAAAGAUAUGACAGCAUCUACAACACCUGUGAGAGCAUGGCAAACAUGCCUGUUGCUGUCCUUCAUCCUGCUGUUGCUGCCAAAGACCAGAGGGUGUACCUUUUUGGGGGAGAAGACAUUAUGCAAAACCCUGUCCGGCUUAUCCAGGUUUACCAUGUCUCCAGGAAUAUGUGGUUUCGGAUGGAGACUAGAGUGGUGAAGAACGUCUGUGCUCCAGCUGUUGUGAUUGGAGACCAGAUUAUUAUCGUGGGAGGAUACACUCGGAGAAUAAUUGCUUAUGAUACAAAAGGCAACAAGUUUGUCAAAUGUGCAGACAUGAGGGACAGGCGAAUGCAUCAUGGGGCCACUGUCAUCAAGAACAAGCUGUAUGUUACAGGAGGACGAUGUCUCACUGUGGACAAUGUCAUUGAAGACUCAGAUUCUUUGGACUGCUAUGACCCAGAGACUGACACAUGGACACCAAAGGGAAAACUGCCACACAAACUCUUUGACCAUGGAUGCCUUACACUCCAGUGUGUACCCUGUUCUAACCUUCUCUGAAUUACAUUUGGUACUUCCCAGGUGUUUGUUGUUUUCCUCCUCCUUGCUCUGCAUAGAGCACAGAGAAUCGUCCUGUA